AUGAGAGGUGGUUCUCAAUCUCAGGACUACCACAAGACUUACGUAGGUGAGCGGUUGCUCGGCUACACCUGCACCAAGUGCAGCAAAUUCUACAAGAUGUGGAGCAACUACUUGAAGCACAAAUGCGAAGCGCCUGAAUUCAAGUGUCCGCUCUACCUGGCCCACGAGACAUAUCACUCAUGGGACAAUCCUCUAUUACCCGACCAAUCGGAGUUCGAAUACGAUGUUCCUCAACCUGGAAUGAGCCACGCGAUAGUUUUCAACCAGCAAAAAUACGUCUGCGGCCAAUGCGGGAAGGGCUACAAGUACAUGGUGAAUCUGCAACGUCACCAGCGAUUAGAGUGCGGCCAGAAGCCUCAAUACCCGUGCACAGUGUGCAGCAAGGCUUUUUACAGGAAAUACCAGCUGAAGAAUCACCAUCUCAAAAAUCAUCCGAAUAAAACCGAUUUGUAA